AUGGCGGAAGUGGAGGCAAGCAAGAGUUCGGUGGGCGCGCUGCUCAACGGCAUCGCACAGCAAAUAUUCUACCGAAAUAGCGAAGUGACAGAGGAUCUGCUGAAAAGUCAACUUUACCCCGAUGCCACACAGCAACAAUUCAAGGCUUUGUACGAGAAAAUGAAGGCGCUCCUUAAGUCCAUGGCCACGGCCGAUAUGGACCACGCCCAGCUGGAGGCCUUUCUCACAGCGCAGACCCUCAAGCAAGGGGCAGGUGGGAUCACUCCAGAGGAGGCCGCCGCCCUGGCCCGUUUCUGGAAGAGUCAGCGUGGACGCGUCCGCGAGAGCCUUCUGAUGCAAAGCUGCUGGGAGCCCACCCUCAAGGGCCUGUCCUGGAGAGUGGACCUCCAAACGGCGGUCGCCCACGGGGGGCCGCCCCCCACCGUGCCCGUCGCUCUGCUGGAAUUGGAACUAGGCAGCGGCCAGGUGUCGGACUUUCUGUGCGUAGAGAUGGAUGACCACAAUGUACAGCAUGUCCUGAACAAGAUGGCUGACAUCCAGGCCGCCAUUGAGACCAUCGUCCAGCGCACUUGA